ACGCCACGACCCAGGGAACCUACUCCUCUGUGGCUGGCUGCUAGGUUUACGAGCUGAUAAUGUUGUUUGUCUAACCUCACUUUUACGAGGACACGACCUCGGAAUACCGGAGCUUGAAGACCGCAAGCGGUUAGCUGGAAAAGGGAUGCUUCGUCUGAGGUCGGGUCAAAUAAAUAGGACUGCAUGUCAUCUAUUUUCCACAGCUUUCCAUCAUAUCUACAUUGUUAGCACGCUAGCUCGCUUGAUGGGUCGGUAGGGGCCAUGGCAGUGGCCGAGCCUAUGGACAGUGAGACAAGACCAUUUGCUUGGCCAGUCCAUUCAUUGUAGCGGAUCCUUGACAUAAAGACAAAUAAAAACAUAUAGUUUACGUCGGAUUAUAUGUAUAUUAAAAUUUCAAAAUGACAUCAGAAUCGGUAAAAGUUGUUGUUAGGAGUCGACCAAUCAAUGACAGGGAGAAAGCACUGAACUGUAAAAUGAUUGUUUCAAUGGACACGAGUCUGUGUCAGUGCUUUAUCGAGAAGCCAGGAACUGCCAGCGAGCCACCUAAACAGUUCACAUUUGAUGGAACUUAUUUCAUUGAUCAAACCACGGAGCAAAUGUACAACGAAAUUGCCUAUCCAUUGGUAGAAGGAGUGACUGAAGGCUAUAAUGGGACAAUAUUUGCUUAUGGGCAAACUGGAAGUGGUAAAUCCUAUACCAUGCAGGGAGUAGUGGAGCCCUCAUCCCAGAGAGGUGUCAUCCCUCGCGCAUUUGAGCACAUCUUUGAAACAAUCCAGUGUGUAGAAAACACCAAGUUCCUUGUCAGGGCAUCCUACCUAGAGAUCUACAAUGAAGAAAUCCGGGACCUUUUAGGAAAAGACACCAAGCAGAAAAAGGAACUUAAAGAACAUCCGGAGCGUGGUGUGUAUGUGCGAGACCUCUCCAUGCACACGGUGCACAGCGUUGCAGAAUGCGAGUGCAUCAUGGCGCAGGGCUGGGGCAACCGCUCCGUGGGCUACACCCUCAUGAAUAAGGACUCGUCGCGCUCCCACUCCAUCUUCACCAUCCACCUGGAGAUCUGCAACACUGAUGCUGCAGGGAAGGACCACCUGCGGGCAGGCAAGCUCAACCUGGUGGACCUGGCAGGGAGCGAGCGGCAGACCAAGACGGGCGCCACGGGCGAACGCCUGCGCGAGGCCACCAAGAUCAACCUGUCGCUGUCGGCGCUGGGCAACGUCAUCUCGGCGCUGGUGGACGGGCGCUCCAAGCACGUGCCCUACCGCGACUCCAAGCUGACGCGGCUGCUGCAGGACUCGCUGGGCGGCAACACGCGCACGCUCAUGGUGGCCUGCCUGUCACCGGCCGCCGACAACUACGAGGAGAGCCUGAGCACGCUGCGCUACGCCAACCGCGCCAAGAGCAUCCAGAACCGCCCUCGCAUCAACGAGGACCCCAAGGAUGCCCUGCUGCGCGAGUACCAGGAGGAGAUCAAGCAGCUGCGGGAAAUGCUCUCCGGCCAGCUGGGCACUGCCAACCUCACACACUCUCUGACUUUGCAGUACUGUAGGGAAAAGAAAUCGAGCGGAACUUUGCUGGCAAGUCAGAUGUCCGAUACUGAGACCACCCCCCGCUCUACAGCACAGUCCAGCUCUCUAGAGAGCGAAGCGGAAAAGGAGAAGAUCAAGCAGGACUAUGAGGAGAAGCUGUCCAGGCUCCAGGCCGACUACCAUGCGGAGCAGGAGUCCAAGGCCAAGCUGCAGGAGGCCAUCGCCGUGCUGCGCACCUCCUACGAGGCCAAGCUGUCUGGUCCGGACAAGUCCAGACCGGACCGAUCCAACACAACCACCACCACCAACAUGGGGAGUCAGCACAGUGCAAGCCCUUUCAGGGAAGAGGAGGAGUUCGCUGAUCAUGCUGUUCCCCAGGAGGCCUCUGUGGAGAAAGACUUGGCUCAGGCACAGACCGAAGGCCCGGAGAGCGACGACUCCACAGAGCACAGCCCCACACCCACCCCGACACCACUGGACCAGAGACACGUCAUCAAAAGGCUGCAGCAGCUGGAGCAGGAGUUUGUGGGCGGCGAGCAGGCGCGCAACGAGGAGCUGAGGCAGCGGCGGCGCCGCCGGAAGACCCUCGCCGACGAGCGGGAGAGGCACCUCGUCGAGUCACUUGACCGGAACGACGAGUGCGACAGCGUGUUCCUCAACGUCUACAACUCCAUCCAGGACGAGGCGUACGCCAAGAGCAAGGCGCUGGAGAACACACAGGAGAAGCUGAAGGCUGCCAGGCUUGAGAUCCGCGACCUGCAGUCCGAGUUUGAGCGGGAGCGCGAUGACUACUUGGGGUCCAUCCGGCGGCUGGAACGCGACGGUCAGCUGAUGCACGGCCUGCUGGAGCGCAUGGCGAUGCUGGUGCGCCGCGACUGUAACUAUAGCAACGUGGAGCGCCUGCGCCGGGAGGCCGUCUGGGACGAGGAGAGCGCCACCUGGAGGCUGCCCGAAGUGCUGGUGCAGAAGACGGCCCUGCCUGCAGUGUCUCCCUCUACAGCGUCAGCAGCAGCUCCAGCGUCCCCAGCAGGCCGACUCCCUGGCCAACGCAACUCCAGCUCUGACCCCGGGGAGCCCGCCUCCUUCAUGCAGGAGGAGGAGGGGGGGGACCGCUACAAGGAGUUGCUGGACCGCAGCGGGAGUGAGAACAUCGCCAGCAACUACUUCAAGUCCAAGAGGGCCAGCCAGCUGCUGGCAGGAGAGCCCAUCAAGGCCAUGGGGGGUCUCCACUCCCCCCCUCUGGGCAACGGCAACGCUCUCCUGACCGCCAGCGGCACCAACAUCUCCCCCUUGUCCAGCUCCGAGUCCCUCACGCCCCGGCCCUUCCGCCUGGAGUCGCUGGGCAUCCCUCCCUCCAUCAGCAAGGCCAAAAGGAAGAAGAGCAAAUCACACCAGUCCUACUACGGCAACUGAGGAGAAAACAAGACGCUGUGAUGGCAAUGAAUGAUCAUGAUCGUGAUGGAGGCUGAUGACCAGUAGGAUCAUGAGUCCACUCUGAACUUUCGUGUUGCCUUUGUAUGACCCAUGACCUGAUGAAAAAACACCUUGGACGACAUCUCUGUUGCACUGAGAGGGACACUCACCAUACAGGGCAUUGUAAGAGAUUGUUUUUCAGAGCUUAUAGUUUGUGCAAUGAAGGUUAAUUGCCCUGCCAUGAACACAACAUUCAUUUAACAGAGCACUGUAGCUGUGUUUACACAGUAGAUCUUUAUUGUGAAGAUAGCAUACUACCUUAACUAUGAUAUUAACUAUGAUGUCCUCCAGCACUACCUUGCGUAGCAUUCUGUGUUAGCACUUUAGCACUAGCACAAAUGCCACUGUAAAUAUUAUGGAAUGUAAUAUUUAAAUUCUGUGUCUGGUCAAUGUAACAGCCAUAUU